AUGAGAAUGGGAGAAAACAAAAUUAAGAGAUUUAAAAAUUUUUUCGGGUCAAAACAUCAUAACUUGACCUAUCAAAAAGCAAUCACUGCUCUCUAUACCGGGCAAUAUCAAGAAUCGAUAAUAUAUUUCAGCAAAGUACUUAACAAAUAUCCAAAUAGCUAUACCAUUCACUGUGAUCGUGCCUGUGCAUAUUGUCAAAUCGGAUGUUGGGAUCUCUCACUGCAAGAUCUGGAUGCGGCCAUCAACCGAUUCCCUAAAAGGUCUCGUGCGUACGCUCUUCGCGGGGAGGUUUAUCGAUUAAUGAACAGAUACUCGGAGGCCAUGACAGAUCUCAUAAAAUCGAUUAGUUUGCAAAAAUCCGCUUUUGCGUUAAGAGCUCGUGCGGAGGUUCACUUUGCAUUGUCAAGGUAUUCUGAUGCUAUUGAUGAUUUGAACGCCGCCCUAAUCAUUGAACCAAAUAAUUCAUACACUCUCACUCGACGAGCAAAGGUCUACAUGAAAUUGCGGAAGUAUUCCGAUGCAAUAUCAGAUCUAGACUAUGUGUAUGAAAGUAAUCAAAAUAACCUACAACUUAUUUCCUCAAUACUGGCGAAUCGUGGAGAGGCCUAUCGUAUAAUCGGGAGACUUGACAUGGCACUGGCAGAUUUAAAUGAAGCGUUGAGACUUGAGAAGAAUAACACACUUGCGUUGGAGAGACGAGGCACAGUGUAUCAUCAACUAAAUCAAUUUGACAAUGCUAUUCGGGAUUUCAAUAGGACUAUCGAGGAAAAUCCAAACAGCGUGUUCGCAUUAAAGAGUCGUGGCAAUAUUUACCACAAGCUCGGAGAUAUUAACAGGGCAUUUAAUGAUUAUACGGCUGCCAUAAAUUUGGAUUCUAAUAAUGUCAAGUUACUUGGAAAAAGGGGGGAAAUAAGUCGGUUAUUAGGAAAUUAUAGAAUGGCAAUAUCGGACUUGGAUUUGGCGUUACAGAUUUCAUCAUACGAUACCGAUUUGCUCAGAAAGCGUGGGGAGGUGUAUCGAUCGAUGCAAUAUUUUGAUCGUGCGCUGUCAGAUUUUGACAAGGUUCUGGAAUUAGAACCUGGGUGUGUUUUCGCACUGACGAGUAGAAAUGAGAUACGUCAAUUAUUGAGGAGUCGGAUAGUGCCUGUAAGUCUUAAUGAAGCAGAAUACCUGUUACCUGAAAGUGCUCGGGCAUUUGAACAUGAAGAAUCGUUACCAGAUUUGAAUCUCUCACUGCAAUUUAAACCGAGUGACGUAUUCUCUCUUUCCAAACGAGGUGCCAUUUAUUAUACAUUACAUAGGUAUUCAGAGGCACUACUAGAUUUAAAUUCGGCAUUGAAGAUUAAUCCGCAUCAUCAAUUUUCGUUGAUAACUCGCGGAGCUGUAUAUCAUUCGUUGGAUAGGCAAUAUGAAGCGUUGAAAGAUUUAAAUAGUGUAUUGAUUAUUGAACCUCAGAAUUAUUGGGCACUGUACUAUCGCGGGUGUGUAUUUUAUGCACUGAAUGCAUUAGACGCCGCAUUGGAAGAUUUGAAUUAUGUAUUAAGAAUGAAACCCAAUUGGUUCUGUCCAUUGUCAUUGAGAGGUGAAGUUUUUAAAUCGAUGGGAUGCUAUGAUGAAGCAUUGACAGACUUUGAUCGAUCUUUGAAUAACGUUGAAAACAAUGUUUACAACACGGGGUACAUAGCGAAGGCGUUUAUUAAUCGGGGAUCGGUUAAUCGGAUUAUGGGUAAAUAUGAUGAAGCUUUGAUAGAUUUGAAUACGGGAUUGUCGAUGGAACCAAACAAUUUGCUGGCAUUGUGCGAAAGAAGUUUGGUUUAUUUCUGGAUGGAGAGAGGUGACGAAGCCAUAGAGGAUUUGACCAAAGCAUUGCAGAUUGAUCCAAAUUAUGAGAUGGCAAUUAGGCUGCAAGAAAAUUUAAAAGAAACACAAGG